CUCACUGUUUCGUCCUUUUACCGCUAUAAAAGGUGAUACAUAAUAUGAUUUCAACAGCAAAAAUGGCUAAACAUAUGAUCACAGUUUUCCUCCACACCUGACAGACUUCAAUUAGGGUAAUGUUUACUCAUUUACACACACUUAAACCUCACUCGUAGACUAAAUCAUUGUUGUGGAACUCUCAAUUGUCAAGAGGUGCCUGAGGGAGAACCGGUGAGCUGCUGCUUUGCACGUCAUUAGCCUGCUGUUGCCUGGUGAUGAAACACAUCACACACCAACCAUGAAUCCAGCAUUAGCUCCUAUAUUCCAUCCCUGCGUAUGAAAUCGAAUCAAUGCGGUCCUCGGCAAAAUUAGGCUUAUUGCCCAUGGGAGCAGACAGAGAGGACGGGAGGGGGGGGGCAACAAAAGUCUGGAGUGGAAAGAAGUAGAAAAGUAGAGAGCUGCCAGACAGGCACAUUCAUACACACACACACGGCUCGAGAGAAACUAUUUCAGUCAUGGCCUCGGAGAACGAGAUGGAGCUGGAGUUCACUGAAGACCUACAGCUGACGGAGAUGAUGAGGCUGAGGGUGCAGUCAUUGCAGCAGCGCGGGCAGAAGAGGCAAGACGGUGAGCGUUUGCUUCUGCCCCAUGAGGCGGUGUUCCGGCUGGACUUUACCGAUCAGGAACUGACAUUUUCUCACUGGAACGUGACUCUGACUGGGUCGGGCCGUCUUUCAGUCACGGGUAUCUCACAGCUAUGGACGCCCGAUCUCACCAACCUGAUGACGCGCCAGCUGCUGGAGCCCACGGGUCAGUUCUGGAGGUCGGCCGGAGACCCAGGGGACGCGCCCAUAAAAUGCCUGGAGGCAGACAUCCAGGAGUUUGGAGAGAGGAUCGCUGAGCUGGCCAAGGUCAGAAAGGUCAUGUACUUCCUGUUCGCCUUCAAGGAGGGAGUGGAGAAGGACGGCGUGAAGUGCUCGGUGGUGUUCGAAAGGAGCAUCUAGGUGGGAUUAGGAGUUCAGAAGUGUGGAAACCCUUUGAUGUAAUAUUUUUAUGAAACAUUGUAAUGCUUAAAUUAACUAAUUCGUGUUUGGAAUAUUUUAGAUCCGACAAUUACAGAAAAAGGUGAUAGUGAGUGUGUGGUUUGUAGCAUAAGUUUAACAGCGAACCUAUUUAAUGAGUAAUGUACUGUAUGUGUGUACCAAGCCAAAAAUGCUGCUUUAAUUAUAUUUUUUGUAAAAUAUAUACAACAUAUAUAGAUCUUUACAUGCACAUUAAUAAGAUUAUAAAGCAGUUACCGUGUUAACAUACUAAGUGUUGAUAGAGAAAGAUGAUUUUUAAAGCACCUCCAAUGUUUUA